UGGCACUAGCAUGACAAAGCCGAAGUUAUGAGAAUGUGAAGCUCUUGCGACCGACCCUCGUGUUCUAGAUGGUCUCUUCGCGGUAAAGCUCGAGCAGCGAAGAAGACGAAGAUGGGAGGAUUGCUCCUGACUCUGAUGGUGCUGCUGGCGAUGGCUGCAGUUCGUACUGGAGCUCAAAACAGCAGCGUCGAGGCAAGAGCCUUCCUUCCAAAGCUAGACUUUUUCGUUAGUACUUCGGUUGUUUGUUCGUUUUUUCGUUCACGGCAGCUAGCGAUGGGAGAUUUGCUGGGGACUUUUAUCGGAGCUUCUUCGUCUCUAAACGUAUGGAACCCAAAUGUGGAGAUGACGAACGAGUACAGUGCCUCGCAAAUCACUUUGGUCUCCAGCAACCUGACAAACCUCAUUGAAAUUGGCUGGCACGCAAGUACCUUUGCUUCUUUGGUAAAGUUUCUCUCUUUUCUCUUUUACCAGGUCUAUCCUCUACUGUACGAGGACAAUGAAACUCAUCUCUUUGUUCGCUGGACGAUACUCGAUGAAAGCGGCCGGAUUGGAUGCUUCAACACCAAUUGCCAGGGAUUUAUCCAAACCUCUACCAACAUAAUUGUGGGACUCACACUGGACAACAUGGUCUCGGAUUUAAAUGGAACGCAGUACACUACGGCUCUGGCUGUUCUCAAGGAUGGUCAAGGAGAUUGGUGGGUCUACAACGAUAACGAGAAAGUUGGAUACUUCCCUUUCGGCCUGUUACCCGAGAUGGACAGCGGAGGAGCCGCUAUCGUCUCUUUCGGUGGCCGAGUCUUAAACAAGUGGAACGAGAACCGCCACACGUACACCGAGAUGGGCAGUGGCUUCUUCCCUCUCGCAGGCUACGGCUUUUCUGCUUUCCAAGUCGAUCUCGUCGUCACGGAUGCUGACAACGUAACAACGAAACUGGUUGGCGAGCAUCUCAUACAGCUUACCUUUGACAACGUUGGCGAUUGCUACUAUACGUACGUCGAGCAGCGGACUGGAAGGCUCUACUUUGGUGGCACCGGCUACAAUCCCAGAUGCCAGACGACCACCUGAUAGAUCUUUGUAAGAAUCCUUCGCUUAAGGUACCCUCCCUCUAUGGAGUUUUUCUC